UGGCAUAUAUGAGUGGAAGAAAUACGACACAGUAAAAAUAUUUAACUGUUCUGUUAUUUUAAAAAAGAUUAAAAGGAAAAAUAUUCUACGCGUUCUUAUGUAAUUUAUAUUUCUUUCAAUUAAUGCAGAACAUUUUUUGUUCUGCGCAGAGGUCUGUAGUUUACUCAUCAUUAAUAGAUACUGUUGGCUAAUAAUCUCGUUCUGGAUCAUAUAUGUAUAGAACACGCGGUAACAGCAAAGAUUUAAACACAGCGUUACUCGACUAUUAUACCUUUAUUUAUUUCCAAUUUAAAGCAGAAUUCUUUUUUAAUUAAUAUUCAAUAUAAAUAUUCCUUACCAUGUCACGUAACCGAAAUUAAUCAACUUUUCUCAUUUCGCUGGCUUUGUGAUAUUUUAAUAACAGUCGCAAAGAAAUUCUAUGAAAUAUUUUUAAUAAUAAUUGCAAAUGAAUUCCAUGAAAUAUGAAUGGAGUAUUAAUGAAGAAUAUCGACUGUAGAUGUGUGAUCUGAUAUGUAGAUGACAUAAAUUCUUCAGAAAAGAGAUUUCCACAGAUUCAGCCGCAAACUGAAAUUUCGUUAUAAAAUAAUUAAUUAUUUCUAAAUUCUAUUUCUUGCAGCCAUGAACGCGAACAUUCGCAUCCUGUUGGUUCUCUUCGUAGCUUCUGCUAUGGUAUUCGUACUUUCCGCUGCAAAUACUCCCUUCGAUAGAGCUAUUGGUGUAUGUAUACGAAACUGCGCACAGUGCAAAAAGAUGUUCGGGCCAUACUUCCUGGGGCAAAAGUGCGCCGACUCUUGCGUAAAGUUCAAAGGAAAGCUGAUCCCUGACUGCGAGGACGAGCGUUCAAUGCAACCGUUCCUGCAAGCGCUGGAUGAUAGCGACUAUUAAUUAGCAUCGCCUACGUAAAGUUCCUAGUAAUCGAUGUUCGUGUCGAAAAUACGUAACGUCCGCUAAUUGUAUGUGUACCGCCGGUAAAUCUAUAAUGGAAAUCUUCAACGAGGAUCGAAGAUCUGACGCGAUUCGCCUGCAACUCCACAGUAUUCUUUUUUUUAUACAAACCUAGAGGCAUACUUAGAUGAAAUAUCAAUGCAAUCGAACACUGUGAUCGAUGCUUGUGACUGUGACAGAUCGAGUAGCUCGUAACGCGUGCUAAAUGUAUGUGCGUGUAUAUGCGUGUGUGUGCGUGUGCCAAGAGAUUACCGACUAUAGUUUGGAUGUUUCAUUGAAGCCCAAGAACGUUUCAUAAAACGUCUUUAUCUCACAUCUCAUUUUCACGUAUUUAUAAAACAUAUUCAAUACACGAAUUUCAAAACAUUCUCAUACAAUGGACAGGAAGAUAGAAAUGCAACGCAGAGAGGAUAGUAUAAAAAUCUUGUUGAAUUCGCUUCGGCUGAAUACCAAAAGCUUACAUAAUCAUAAUAUCGUAAAUACUGUUAUCACUGAAUAAAUGCAUAGAGAAUAUGCUCACUAGCGAAUCAUCAGAAUCAAUCCAGGGAUAUAAUCACCAAUGUUCGAAAUGACAGAGGUCUUUAUACCUGAAACGUAAAAGAACCUCAAAAGAAGCUCACCACGAGCACAAUUUAGCUUCUAAUUAUAGUCCCAUAUGAAUGUAAGGAAUAAACUGUUACUGAGUUAAAUUCUUCGAACAUGACGAUUGUUAUGACUAUAACAGUCUAUGCGCAAAAUAUUAAAUGAAGUUCAAUAAUAUUGUACUAUUAAGUUGUAGAAUUGAAAGCUAGCAGCGUCAAUACAUUUAUUUUGUCUGUGUGCAUCUUGCGAGGAGCUAUCGUAUAGAAAAAGUACAAGCCUUUUACUUACCGGAAGAGGAUUAUUCAGGAGAAGGAGGCGUUAAGUAACACUCCGGUAUUGUCGAUAAUGUCUGCCUCGAUUCCAAUUGUUGUACCUGAAAGAAGAGAGUCGCAUGAAUUUUGUUACAUUGUUCCUUAAGCUGCGUUCGUGUUUUGAUCCGUUUUUAGCGCAUAUUUACACGUUGCCGAAGAGUUUUUUCGUUAAUGGCUGCUCUUGAUAAUAAAUGUUUCACUUUGUCUAGAA